UGUGUGCUUGUAGCUUUAGCCGAGGAGAGAACAAGUGCCCAAAAUUGGCUUCGGUCGCUAUCCUUUUAAACCUAGACGCCCACAAGACACCUCUCACGGUUAGGGAUGGCCUCCGCGACCUCCGAUGCGUCCGAACAAGACUCCGCCAAAGCCAGCGACCAAAACGGCGCGGUAAACGGCGAGGAGAAAGACGAGGGCCUGCGCGCUCCGGAUCAGGAACCGGUUGAUAGCGAGAGUGUUAAAAUGGACGAGAACUGCGAGCUCGACGGAGGGGAGAGGGAAGAAGAAGCCGCGGCCGCGGCCGGCGAGUCUGCGGAGACCCCGUCCAGCGGCGAUGGGUCAGGCGGAGGAGAGGGUCAGACGGAGGCAGAAAUGGACGCUGAGUCGGAGGAGGUGCUGAAGAAAUGCCACGAGCAGAAAAGCUCCGACAGUGCGGAGUGCUCGGCAGACGUGACGGGGGAGCUAAAGCAAGAACAAAGAGAGGAGAGCGUGUCUUCACCAGCCGAGUGCGCCGCGAGCAAAGGUGAAGAGUGCCAGGACAAAACUGGCCGCGGGAUCAAGAGGAGAGCCAGCGUGGAGAUGUCGUCCUCCUCGGACGGAGAACCGCUCAGCAGGAUGGAUUCAGAAGACAGUAUCAGCAGCACUCUGAUGGACAUGGAGAGCACUGCAUCCAGUGGACGCUCCACGCCAGCCAUGAUGAAUGGCCAUGGAGGGGCAGCUGCGCAGUCUGCCAAAGGCUCAUCGUACCCGUGUUGUUGGGACCAAUGUCCACUGCUCUUCACCAACAGCCCGGACCUUGCAGAACACAUCCGUGGAGUCCAUGUGGACGGCCAACGUGGAGGGGUGUUUGUCUGUCUGUGGAAGGGCUGCAAAGUGUAUAACACUCCUUCCACCAGCCAGAGCUGGCUCCAGAGACACAUGCUGUCUCACAGUGGGGACAAACCUUUCAAGUGUGUAGUCGGAGGUUGCAAUGCCACUUUUGCCUCCCAGGGGGGGCUAGCACGCCAUGUGCCCACCCACUUUAGUUCACAGAACUCAUCCAAACUGUCAAGCCAAGCUAAGCUGAAGGAAGAGUCACCUUCUAAAGCAGGCAUCAACAAGCGCAGGAAGCUAAAGAACAAACGCAGGAGGUCAUUACCUCGGCCACAUGACUUCUUUGACGCACAGACCAUGGAUGCCAUCCGUCACCGUGCUAUCUGUCUCAAUCUGGCAACCCACAUUGAGAGCCAGGGCAAAGGCCACAGUGUGGUGUUUCACAGCACGGUUAUUGCAAGGCGGAAGGAAGAUUCUGGAAAGGUGAAGGUACUGCUCCACUGGACCCCAGAGGACAUACUGCCAGAUUCAUGGGUGAGCGAGAGCGACCGGCCACAGAUGAAGACCAAAGUGGUGCACCUCUCCCAACUGCCCCAGGACACAGCUGUGCUACUGGACCCCAAUAUCUACAGGAUGUUUUUGUAGAAGUGGAGGAGCUCCUUUGUCAUCGCCUGCUGACGUUCCCCAACUGAAGUGGACGAAUGGAUCUUUAGAGGAUUUUUUUUAAGGCUCCUACUUGACCCAUCAGCUCUUUUUGUCUUUUUUUUCUUUGUUAAUGCUCAAAGUCUGCCCACGCAUGCAGUGAAAUUUAAAUGUGCUUUCAUCCGUGGAAGAGGAAAAAAAAAUCACACAACAGCAAACCAUGUGGUGCUUGACUUUUUCUUGGAAGACUCCUCUUUUUUUCUUAUACCACCUCAAGAAUGAACCUCCCGUCGUCCACAGCCCUCCUUUUGAGCUUUAUAGAAGUCUUGUAGACAAGUUUGUUGAGAAAGCGCCCAUGUAAAUAUCCCUGGAGAUUUCCUGGAGAUUUGUAAUAUAUUUUUGUACUGCAAAAUUUUACUGUACUGUAGAUAGUUGUAAUAUUCCACAAGCUUACUGUACAGAAUGAUGGAAUAAUUAGAUGAUUAGCUAAUUUUUUAAAAUAAGACUGUCAAAGACUAGAUAUAGUGAUCCCAUUCUCAGUCCAGCUGUUGUCUCGUACUGCUGCAUCGCACUCUGAUGAUAAUAGAUAAGGAUGAUGUUAAUCUUAAUGUGUGUGCUCUUUGUAUGUGACCUCUACUCAAGCUAUUUACAAGCCAAGGACCAUGCAUACAUCUCAAAUGAAUGGUGCUACAGCUAACACUAGCAUUUUAGACUUAUAUAGAAAAGCUUUUAGAUUGAUAAUGGUGGUGUUCUAUAGUUCAUGGAGAACCCCAGCCCACUGUACUGUUGGAUCCUAACUUUGUCUUUGUAGUAAAGCAAAAAAAUGA